AUGCAGCACCAGGUGGCGGUGGAGGGGUACGGGAGCGGCGCCGAGCUGGACUUUGGUCUGCUGGAGGGCAAGUGGCGGCUGGAGUACACCACAGCGCGCGACGUGCUGCCGCUGGUGGCGCCUCAGCGCCUGCCCGCGCCGCUGCAGGUCGGCCGCAUCUGGCAGCAGUUCUCCUCGCUGGAGGAGGGGCGGGUGCAGAACAUCAUCGAGGCGCACCUGCCGCCGCUGCCGCUGCUGGGCGCCGCGGGGCUGGGCCUGUCGCUGGUGGUGGAGGCGGGGUAUGAGGCCCGCACCGCGCGCAGCAUAGCCCUCACCUUCAGGCAGGCUGGCUUUCGCGACGUGGAGCUCAGCCCUGAGCUGCAGAACCUGCUGGCCUCCCCGCUGCUGCCGCGCGGCUGGUGGAACCAGCAGCUGCUGCUGGCGCUCAAACAGCUGUCGGGCAGCGUGCCGCUGACCUCUCGCCUGCCGGGCACCACCAGCGACCAGCAGCGGCCGGUGGGCCUCAACUACAUGCUCACAUACCUAGACGAGGACAUGCUGAUCGGGCGGGCACAGGGCAACGGCGGCGUCUUUGUCUUCACGCGGGAUGCGGAAGCGCAGGAGGCAGCGCACUAG